GUCUGAAGUACAAGGCAGGCAGUAUUAAUUGGAUGGAGAUACAAAUCAGCUGCAAAGUAAUAAUUUUGAUAAUAGAAACAAUACAAUCUAUAUCUAAAUCUGUGUUUCCUAUAAGUUUUUAAGUAACUUAGUAUUAAAAGAUAAUCUGUAUUGAUUUAAAAAUGGAUACAACUGAGCAUACUUUUGAUUCAGAAGACUUAGCAGUAUUCUAUAAAUCAUUACAACUUCUUCAUUCUCCAAAAAUAGAUUCACAACGAAAACUGUUUCAUUUACUACAACAAAGUAUUCGUAAACAUCAUCCUAAUAUCAAGUCAGGUGUUAAAAAAAAGUUUCUGGAUGACUCUUCUUCAGAAUACAAUGUACCAAAUAAGGCAGAUGAUAGUCAAGUCGAAGCCCCAGCAACUACCAUUGUCAGCCAACGUGAUCCUAGACUCCACAAGGGGUCUUCUAUUCCUAAGCCUACAAGUUUCAGCACUAGAGAUCCCAGAGUCAGAGUUCAACAAAGUGAUAACAAACUGGAACCAGAAUCUAAACCUGCAUUAUCUGUUUCACAGUCAUAUGAUAACUACUCAACCUUUAAGUUGCCGCAGGCAAACAAUACUACAAGUUGUACAAACUCAUUCCCUCAGAACAAGUAUAGAGUUGCUCAUACUUGUAACAGAGAUCAGUCGAGUUUUUCUAAACAAUUGCCAUUGAGACCAAUAUCCAAAAUAUCAUCUCGUAAUAACUACUGCCCAAACCCGGUAAACCUGAAAAAAAUCAGAGCUGUUCUUGCAAGAGGUGACCCAUUCCCAACACAUUUGACCAAAGCAUGUAUAAAUAACAUCACCCCAGAUUUACAAAGAGAAAAAUUGUAGUACUGACAUCACUAAUAAAUGUUCUAUAGAUACUUUUUGCAAUAAAAUAUUUUUGCAUUA